GAACGUAAUGUACCAAGAGUGCAAAGAGUACUUCCAGGACGAAUGCACCAAAGAGCUCAUCGGAAACAUCGUCAUCACACGAUACAACAACCGCACCUACCGUAUCGACAGCAUCGAGUGGGACAAGUCGCCCAAAGACUCGUUCACUUUUAUGGACGGCACCCAAACCACCUUUGUGGAAUACUACAGCAAGAACUACGGGAUAACAAUUAAAGAGAUGGACCAACCGCUGCUCAUGCAUCGACCGAAGGAGAGGGCCAAGCCAGGAGGAAAGCAAAUCAUGACUGGAGAGAUUCUGCUCGUGCCGGAGCUUUCCUUCAUGACGGGAAUCCCAGACAAAAUGAGGAAGGACUUCAGAGCCAUGAAGGACCUGACCAUGCACAUCAAUGUGAGCGGAGAGCAGCACACGCACGCCUUAAAACAGCUUCUGAAGAACAUCAGCACCAACCCUGAGAGUCAGAAGGAGCUGAGCCACUGGGGCCUGGACCUCGACUCCAAUAUCGUCUUGGCUAAGGGUAGAGUUCUUCCCAUGGAGACCAUCUGUCUGCAGUCCAACUCGUUCACCUGCGGCUCCGAUGUCUCCUGGUCCAGAGAGAUCUGCAGGGAUCGUUCAAUCAGCUCAAUCCCACUGAACACCUGGGCCAUCUUCUACCCUCGCCGCUGUGCAGAGCAGGCGGAGGAGCUCGUCUCCGUCUUCAACAAAGUGGCCGGUCCCAUCGGGGUGAGGCUGGCGCGACCGAUCCACGUGGAGCUGAAGGAUGACCGCGUCGAGACCUACAUCAAAAGCAUCCACUCACAGCUCACCAGCGAGCCCAACAUGCAGCUGGUGGUGUGCAUCAUGGUGGGAAACAGAGACGAUCUGUACAGCGCCAUCAAGAAGCUCUGCUGUGUCAGAAGCCCCAUCCCAUCUCAGGCCAUCAAUAUCCGGACGAUUUCCCAGACGCAGAAGUUGAAGAGUGUAGCCCAAAAGAUUCUCCUGCAGAUGAACUGCAAGUUAGGAGGAGAGCUGUGGACGGUCAAUGUCCCUCUGAAACACUUGAUGGUGGUGGGUGUUGACGUCCACCAUGACACCAGCAAAUCUCAUCAAUCAGUCAUGGGCUUUGUCGCAAGUGUGAACAGCUCAUUGACCCGCUGGUACUCCAGAGUCACUUUCCAGACUCCCACUGAAGAACUGAUUUUUGGCUUCAGAGUUUGCUUACUGGCUGCACUACAGAAGUACUAUGAAGUGAACCACAACCUGCCGGAGAAGAUCGUGGUGUAUCGCGAUGGCGUGUCGGACGGUCAGAUGAAGAUGGUGGAGCAAUACGAGAUCCCACAGCUGAUCAAAUGCUUUGAGACUUUCCCCUGCUACGAGCCCAAGCUGGUGUUCAUUGUGGUCCAGAAGCGCAUCAGCACCACCCUCUACAGCUUUUCUGGAAACAACGUGGUCACACCUCCACCUGGAACCGUCCUGGAUCACACCCUCACUCAGAAAGACUGUGUGGAUUUCUUUCUGAUGGCACAUAGCAUCCGUCAAGGCUGUGCAAUCCCGACUCACUACGUCACUCUGUACAACACGGCCAACCUCUCUCCGGACCAUCUGCAGCGGAUGACCUUCAAGAUGUGCCAUUUGUACUGGAACUGGCCGGGCACCAUCCGAGUUCCCGCUCCCUGCAAGUACGCCCACAAACUGGCCUUCCUGUCGGGUCAGUUCCUGCACUCUGAGCCGGGCAUCCAGCUCUCCGACAAGCUCUUCUUCCUCUGAGCUGCUCCGGUAUCUUCCCCCGGCAAACUGCUCACGGUAAAACCAGAAAAUCUGAACCGGAUGACAACAGACUCAUUGGAUGCUGUGAAGGAUUCAUAUUUACUUCACUUUAAAGUAUUUUCCUAUUCAGAUCAAGCCUUAAAGGGUAACACCAAUAGUGCACUACUACUACUACUACUACUACAGUACUAUUAAUACUGCAAUAAUGAUGUUAUAAUUAUGCAUAUAAUCGUUCUAAGUUCAAAACCAGUAGAAAGUUUGGAGCAAGUUUCUUUUAGUUUUUAAAGUAUAUUUUAGCCUUUGUUCCUGUGGCAUAAGGAUUGGUCUCUGUUCUGUUAAUGUUCAGACCCUUCCACUGUAUAAACCGGUUAGAGAUUUAUAACAUUUGAUUUGAAAUAAAGAGAUUUGGAAGUUAA